AUGGCGUCAACACCAGCAAUGAUUCGUCUCUUUCUCCUCUUUCUUCUCACGGUUUCCCUCCCAAUCUUCUCCGAUGCCCGCCCCUGCAAAUCCCUCUUUGUUUCCUUUUCCGUUCACCGCCACCCAACCCUUGAUUCCCGCGAUCCCUUCUCCGAGAUGGCCAUUAUCGUCGACAUCACCGAGUUGAAAUCCGCCGCAGCUUCUUCUUCUUCUUCCGAUUCCCUUUUCCGCCCCUUCGGUGACGACCUCCUCCGCUUGGAUCUCCCUCGCGAUAGAGCUUUUGUAGCUUCCCAACCCCACUCGCUUCAAGAACUCCCUUUGGGCCUCUCUUAUGACUUCAGCUCCCUUCGUGAUCGUACCAAGGAUAUCCUCAGCGUUGUUGUUGCUUUGCUCUUCGGCGUUGGCUGUGGCGCUCUCAUUGCUGCCACCAUGUAUUUGGCCUACUCGUUGUGCUCCAGCCAAUUUAGUCAUCGCUCUUCUGUGUAUGAUGACUUAUGGGAGGAGGGUGAUUUCAGUGAUGAUAACAAGGAGAAUAUUAAGAAGAUGGGCUACGUCAAGAUCCCCGAGGACGUUGCGCCGGUUAAAUCAGUGGUGUAA